AUGGCUGCACCUUUUGAUCUCAACGACGACACUGUCGUUGUCGUAAUCGGUACCGGCGCCGGUGGCGGCGUUCUUGCCAACGAACUUGCGCAGAAAGGCGUCAGUGUUGUCGCCCUGGAAGCCGGCGGACGUUAUCUUCCCGAGGACUACGUCAAUGACGAGUGGGAGAGUUUCGGACAGCUUGCGUGGGUCGAUCCGAGGACCACGAGCGGUGACUGGCGUGUUUCGAAGGACUUUUCCGGCCUGCCCGCCUGGAUCGUCAAGGCGGUGGGGGGCACGACCACGCACUGGGCGGGCGCUUCGCUGCGGUUCCAGCCGCAUGAAUGGAAAGGCGCGACAACAUACGGCAACGUGCAGGGAGCAAACCUGCUCGACUGGCCGAUCGGCGCGGAAGAAAUGGAGCCGUGGUACGCCAAGGCCGAAGACAAGCUGGGGGUCACCCGCACAAACGGCCGUCCGGGUCUGCCUGGCAACAACAACUAUCUGGUCUUCGAAAAAGGCGCCCGGGAACUCGGGUACAAGGACGUCCAUACAGGACGCAUGGCAAUCAAUGCCGAAGACUACGAUGACCGCCUGCCAUGUCAGCAGACCGGCUUUUGUUUCCAGGGCUGCAAAUGGGGUGCGAAAUGGUCGGCUGCCUAUACUGACAUUCCGCGUGGCGAAGCGACCGGCAACCUGGAAGUCCGUGAGCGUGCCCAUGUCGCCCGAAUUCUGCACAACAACGACGGCAAGGUGACCGGUGUCGAAUAUUUCGACAAGGACGGUAACCUCCACAUGCAGAAAGCCCGCAUCGUGUGUGUUGCCGGAAAUUCGUUCGAGUCGCCGCGUAUGCUUUUGAACUCGGCGUCUUCAAUGUUUCCGGACGGUCUGGCGAAUUCGUCGGGACAGGUUGGCCGGAACUACAUGCGUCACAUGACAGGUUCCGUAUACGCCGUCUUCGACAAGCCGGUCAGGAUGUGGCGCGGCACGACGAUGGCCGGGAUCAUACAGGAUGAGUCGCGUCACGAUCCGUCCCGUGGUUUCGUCGGCGGCUACGAGAUGGAAACCCUUGCACUCGGUGUUCCGUUCAUGGCUGCAUUCCUUGACCCGGGCGCCUGGGGACGUGAAUUCACUUCCGCACUCGACCAGUACGAAAACAUGGCCGGCAUGUGGCUCGUCGGCGAGGACAUGCCCCAGGAAACCAACCGCGUGACGCUCAAUCACGAUGUCAAGGACCAAUGGGGUCUGCCGGUCGCUAACGUCCACUUCAGCGACCAUCCCAACGAUAUCGCCAUGCGUAACCACGCCUACAAACAAGGGCAGGCAGUUUAUGAGGCUGUCGGUGCUACACGUACGUUCCCGACACCGCCAUAUCCUUCGACCCACAAUCUCGGCACCAACCGGAUGUCGGAAAACCCGCGUGACGGUGUGGUCAACAGGUGGGGGCAGACGCACGAUAUCACGAACCUGUUCAUAUCCGACGGGUCCCAGUUCACGACAGGUGCGGCUGAGAACCCGACGCUCACCAUCGUCGCUCUCGCGAUCCGUCAGGCGGAUCACAUUGCCAGCGAGAUGAGCGCCGGUACUCUCUGA